AUGUUCCUCCGCCCAGGUCUGUUCCGUGCGGUCAGGAUGCCGCCAGCGAAGGCGCAGCUCUAUGCUGCCUCUGCCCGCCGCUUCUACAGUUCCUUCCAGUCGGCGGGCCAGGCGUCAUCCGAGCGCUUGCUCUAUGGCGCCCUUGGGCUUAACACUGCCGUCUUCGUCGCCUGGAAAUACGCGGACAGAACCAUACCCUUCGAGAUCAAAAGUGAACAGAUCGACCUCAGCAAGGCCCGUGUUCUCCAAGCCUUGUCGACCAAUUUCUUUUUCAAAGACGAAGACCUGCACACCGGCCGAUGGUGGACCGCCAUCACUCACGCCUUCUCGCAUGCCAGCAUACCGCAUUUCAUUUUCAACAUGGUAGCGCUCAAAACCUUUGGCGACGCCGUCAUCUCAUUCCUGCCUGGCAUACGCCCUCUCAGCUUCGCAACCCUCUACCUUGGUGCCGCUAUUGCUGGCUCUGUGGGAUGGUCUGCCCAGCGGAAACAAAGCGAAUCCCCGAGACAAGUAGCCGGCGCUGCUGGAGCUAGUGGUGCUAUUUCGGGCCUGGCCGCGACUGCUGCCCUGAUUGCCCCCAAUGCGAGGUGGCAAUUGAUGUUCAUACCUAUAGGCAUCCCGGCUUGGGCAAUCUUCUCCGCCUACAUUGCCUACAGCGCCUUCUACAUGAACGACCCGAACAGCGGGAUUGGCCACAGCAGUCACCUCGGCGGUGCCGCCUUUGGCGCUGUUUACUAUCUGCUGGUCCUGCGCCGCCUUCGCUUCCCUUUCCGGCGUUGA